GCACAGCAGUGGAGAGCGCCUCGGCUGAGUGCUCACACUGUGUUUACUUUGUCAGCUGGCAGUGUGUUCAGUUCAGUUCAGUGUGAAGGAGCCGGCUCUGUGGAUAUGAGCAGCUGGCAGCUGUGAGGCCUCUAAGGACUUCCGUCUACUCAGAAGUGUUGACGAUGCUGCUGGACGAGCGGAUCUGGUCGCUGUUUAAGCGCCACUGGCCACAGACUCUCACCUACUGGAGCGUGUUCUUCAGCUUCGGCCUGUGCAUCGCCUUCUUGGGACCCACUAUCCUGGACCUGAGGUGUCAGACCCAGUCGACCCUGCAGCAGAUCACCUGGGUGUUUGUCUCUCAGCAGUUCUUUCUGCUGGUGGGCAGCAGCGUGGGAGGACUGUUUAAGAAAACCCUCAAGUCCUCGCUCUUAGCCCUCUUCUUCUGCACCCUCAUCAUCUCGCUGGUGUUUGCCGUCAUACCACUAUGUCACCACGUGAUACUGCUGUCCAUCGCCAUGGCGCUGGCUGGCAAAGCCAUGGGCGUGAUCGACACCAUCGCCAACCUGCAGCUGGUGAAGCUGUACCAGAAGGACUCUGCCAUCUUCCUGCAGGCCUUGCAUUUCUUCACAGGCCUUGGGGCACUGGUCAGUCCCCUGGUGGCCGAUCCCUUCCUGGCUGAGGACAGCUGUGUGCUGGGAGCUAACUGGACCACCAACUCAUCCUCUCCCAGGGACCUACAGCACCUCCGCAGCACCCUCGCUGGCCAUGGAGCAGCACUGCACAACAUCUCUCACGUUCGUCUGUAUACCGAGGGGGUUGUCGUCACCAGGGUGUCGUAUGCUUUCUGGAUCAUGGCUCUUAUCAAUCUCCCUGUCCCAGCGGCAGUGCUCGCAUUGAUGUCCCAUGAGCGAUUGCUGCCUUGCUCCAGAAGCAGUCCACGUCUGCUUGAUGCAGACUCCAACAGGAGCCCCGCGGGGGACACGGACCAAGGACAUGGGAGUGUUUUUAGCUGCUGUAACCCUGCCAAACUCCGGGAUCGCCCUGCUACUUUCUUCAUCAUCCAUUCUCUAGGAGGAGCUAUCCUCUUUAUCACAGAUGGGAUUAUAGGCUCUUAUGCUGGCUUCGUCUACACCUACGCCGUCUCCCCUCCUCUGCUGAUGGGCCAUAAGAUGGCAGGCUGUCUGGACAGCAUAUUCUGGGCCGCAAUCACCGUGGGAAGACUGGCUUCAAUGUACCUGUCCUACAGAUACACGGCACCCAAGCUGCUCACCGUCAGUCUGGUGGGAGUCAUACUGGUUCAGUGUCUGCUGUUAAUCUUCUACACCAGCUCUGUGUUUCUGUUCUUUGGCACCUGUGUGUUGGGACUGUGCAUCAGCAGUGUGUUCCCCUCUGUGUUAGCCUUCACAGAGGACAUAUUAGAAUACAAAGGCUGUGCAACAACAGUGCUGGUAACGAGUGCCAGCACGGGGGAGAUGCUGCUGCAACUGCUUGUUGGAUCGGUGAUCCACAGUCAAGGCAGCUACUCCUUCCUGCUAUGCGGUACAGUAGCAUCCUUUAUUGGCUUCUGCCUGUUUCUGCUGCUCCUCUAUAUCCAGAAUAUCCACAGAAGCCAGCACACAGAUUUGUCUCAAUGCACAGACAUGAAAGAGAAACCGAAGACCGGAGACUCAUGACGCACUGGAACCCGAGAGAGCAGAGGAUACAGCAAAGGGAGAAAUACUUCAGGAGAAGCUGACACUCCUUCAAGUUCCCCCAGGGUGGAGGGUUCACAAUCACACUCCUGCGUCAUGGAAAUCACAUGCUGAAUAAUUAUUUGCACCCUACUUUCAAAGCCUGAUGAUCAACAAACAGCUCAAUGGAUGACUAGAGUGUACACAAUCAUCUCUUUGAGCACAUUAGACUGUGCGUUGAUUAAAUACGACCUCUUCAGUAUGAAUGUAAAUGGACUGUUAUAUUAGGACUCGUUUGGUGGUGGAAAAUAAAGACGCAGUGUAAGAUGUA